AUGGACAUUUUCUUCGAGGAAUUAGUACGACAAGUCCUGAUAAUCUCGACAUCUGAGAAUGACUUCUUUGGUGCCAAGUUCCACGCCGCCCAGAGCGCCACCCCACACGGCCACUUCACCAAAGUUGCCACCGAUCUUCGUCCCGAGUCCCAGGACACCAGCUCGUCUCCGGGCGCGCGGGACCAGAACCGGGGUCCGAGAAGCUGGGGCUCACACCACCGCCCCUCCGGACGCCGUCGCCCUGCCGUCAAUCAACACUCCCCCCCCCCCGCACCCGACCGAGCCCCCGGGACUCCGCGCGGGGGCGCGGCCCGAGUACCGACGGGAUCGCGACUGCUGGGUGUCAAGGAGGGGGAGCGACAGACGUCACUCCGAGCACUACUAAGUUGUGUGCGCCGCUCCUCAGCCGCCCGCCUCGGUCGCCCGGACCCCACGAGCCGCCGCUACGCUCUGCCGCCCUCUCGGCCCCCGGCCUCGCCCUCUUCGCCGCGCCCGCCGCCGCCUUCGCCUCCGCGCCGUCGACGCCGCCGCCACCGACGCCGACGCCUCCUCUUCCGCGCCCCCCUCGUUUUCAUUGAAAGCAAACAAGCAUCAUGGCGGCGGCCGCCGUCCCCCUCCCACCCCAGCCAGCGAGCGCCCCGCUCACCGCCGCCUCGCCAACAUCCUGGCUUCCCAUUGGCUGAUACUGCUGGGCGCGACCAUUUCGCGUCGGGCGGGGGUGGCUCUUCGCCGUUCUCCCCCGCGUCGCGGAGCAAUGAGCCGGCCCAGCGCGCUCCUGCCCGCCCUCCCGUCCUCUCUUCCCGCUCUCUUUGCGCCUAGCCUUCUCCAUGCCUCCAGUCUCCUCCUCUUCCUCCGCCUUUCAGCUACUCUAUCUCGUUCACCUUUAUCUCCACUUUUCCCUUGAUUUUUUUCCUCCUCUUCAUACACUUUUCUUUUCUUUGGCCUGUCAGUCACUUGGAAACACAGAUAAGCUCUCACAGACUUUUAACCUACCCAGUAUCUUGAUCUGGCCAGAGAAAAAAACGUCCAAUCUUGAAUAGUUGACUAAUUGUUCCUGCCCUAACUAUGCAGAAAAAAUUAAUCAGCAGGCA